CUGUAAACGAGGUGGAUCGUUUAGAUAGCUAAACAUGGCUUGACUUGUCUGGAUUCUACUGACGAGGCUUAAAAAAAAAAGUAAAAUAGUCGAAAGAGAAUGAAACGAAUGGUGAAACUAAAUAAGGUCCUGCGGACCAAAAUUUGGUCUCAGUUGAUAGCUAGACCAAGAGUUUCUUCCGCUGAACCUUCAAGCUGCUCACAGAGAGAUUCCUCUACAUCAGAUCCUGAUCCUUCUACAGAAAGAAAUACUUCUGGAGAUUUGGGACAAGGAAACCCAUAUUCACCAGAUACAGGACCAGAUAAAACCUUAUCUGCACCAGAUAAAGAUGGUUGGAGUAACAAAAAAAUAGCCUGUGUUGCCGCUGGAGCUGUUGGUACUGUGGUGCUGGCGCCCGUAGCUGUGGCAGCAGCUGGGUUCGGAGCAGGCGGUAUCGCGGCCGGGAGUUUAGCUGCAAGUAUGAUGUCAACGGCGGCUACAUCCGGUGUCGGUAUGGGCGUCGUGUCAGUGUUGCAGUCGGUGGGAGCAGUAGGAUUUGGAGCCGCGGCUAAUGUAGUAUUGGCAGCUGGUGGCGCCGCAGCUGGAAGAGCUGUGGCUGGUGGCGUUGUGAAUGGUGGAGGUGUGGAUGGUGGAGUUGUGAAUGGUGGAGGUGUGGAUGGUGGAGUUGUGAAUGGUGGAGGUGUGGAUGGUGGAGUUGUGAAUGGUGGAGGUGUGGAUGGUGGAAAUGUGAAUGGUGGAGGUGUGGCAAGGGGAAGCGUUGCUGUUGGGGGUGUGGAUAGUGGAGUUAUAAAUGCCAUACGUGUGGAUGGUGGAAAUGUGAAUGGUGGAGUUGUGGAUGGUGGAAAUGUGAAUGCUGGAGUUGUGGAUGGUGGAAAUGUGACCGGUGGAGGUGUGGCAAGUAGAAGAGUUGCUGGUGGAGCUACCAGUGUUGGUUUUGUAACAGCCGACCACAACGACAAAGCCUCGAACAAAGCUGCCGAAGUUGGGAAAUGUCAAAGUCGUCUUGAUCAAAAAUUGUUUUAAAUAAAAUGUUUGAAAUAAAACGAAUGCAGGAUGCGGCAAUAGAGACGUAACUCUUCUAAAAAGAAAACUACGUAAAUAAAAACAACACUGAUGAUCGGUAUCAAUAAGGAACAUUAAACGCUAAUUUGAGUUGUAGAACGAAUAAUAAACCGUCGAUUUUUAUGUUUAUAAAACUAAACCAUCACUAUUUUUGUAAAAUAAACUCUUGCUAUUUUUAUUUUUACAUGUGUUUUAGUUUGAGAAUGAUUGUCGGAAUGUUGUCUGUAUGCAUUUAACUAGAAUAAAUUUUUACGUUUUUAAAGAGUUAUAUUAUGUUGUUAUGU